UGAUUUAAGCGCACAUAUCGCUUUUGUUUUUUUAAAUAAUAUUUUACGGUAAGCUAUAUUGAUUAUCUUAUUUAGCUUAUAAGCAGGGGUAGCAUUACGUAAGGCAGAUGUGCGGUUAGAAAAGAGGAAACAGAACGAACAGUGUAGCGGAAGUGGUACUGCCCUGAACGAUACGCUGAGCGAGACGGAGGACGGAGGCUAAAUCGUCCAGAGAGAGAAAAAAAAAGCAGGACUAAAAGUCACCAAUAUUUCUAGAAAAUGGAUAAGAACGACCUGGUACAGAAGGCCAAGCUUGCUGAGCAGGCUGAGCGCUAUGAUGACAUGGCUGCAUCCAUGAAGGCGGUGACAGAGCAAAAUACAGAGCUGUCAAAUGAGGAGCGCAACCUUCUCUCGGUUGCCUACAAGAAUGUGGUAGGAGCACGCCGCUCAUCCUGGCGUGUCAUCUCCAGCAUUGAGCAGAAGACUGAGGGCAAUGACAAAAAAAUGCAGAUGGCGCGCGAAUACCGGGAGAAGAUUGAAGUUGAGCUGCAGGAUAUCUGCCGUGAUGUGCUCGGGCUACUGGACAACUUUCUCAUUACCAAUGCGAGUUCUGCCGAGAGCAAGGUGUUCUAUCUGAAAAUGAAAGGCGACUAUUAUAGAUACCUGUCUGAGGUUGCUUCUGAAGAUAAAAAGAAGGAUACUGUGGAGAAUUCCCAGCAGGCGUACCAGGAAGCAUUUGACAUCAGUAAGGCGGAGAUGCAGCCAACACACCCUAUCCGGCUUGGCCUGGCCCUCAACUUCUCCGUCUUCUACUAUGAAAUCCUCAACAACCCAGACAAGGCUUGCAGUCUGGCUAAGGCGGCAUUCGAUGACGCCAUUGCUGAACUUGACACUUUGAACGAGGAUUCUUACAAAGACAGCACCCUGAUCAUGCAACUACUAAGGGAUAACCUGACUCUGUGGACAUCAGAAAACCAGGCAGAUGAGGGAGAGACUGGAGAUGGGGAAAACUAAUGGAAUUGCACUGUUAAUCCACCUACACUCUUAUCUUAAACACAGACAGCUUAUAUACAUCCCCCUCCACUCCAUCAGCUCCUCCCACUUCUGUAUGACAAGCAGCCUGAAUUGCUCCUGACCAACUAGUUUACCCCUCUCAGUUCACUGAUGGUGACAGGGUAAUUUUUCAGUUAGCAGAUUCAGUCACUUUGUGGAAACAUGUUGUAUUGAUUAGUGAGUCCAUGUUGCUGUUGUUUUUUUUUUGUCGGCUUUUGUGUGUAUGUCUGUAUGUAGUGAGAGAGCAUGUAUGAAAAGAUAUGAAAGAUUGUGUGUAUAUGGGGUGGUCUGGGGGGGAGGGGGGUGUUGUGAAUUUUAAUCGUCCUUCCAAAUCCCUUUGUCCCAGCUAGUUUGUCGUGCAUUUUAUCCCUCUUUUUUUUUGUUACUUUCUUAUUUGUGAUUCCUCAUGAUAUUUACAGGUUUUAUUGUAUGGUAAUUAAACUGGCAGUUGAUUUCCACCAAUCACUGUGAUGGUAGGCGUCCCAUUUGCUUCACAAUCCCAAAACAGUUUUUGUGUUUGUAUUUUCAGACACUCGUACAAUCCUGUAUUAACAACUAACUGCAAUUCUGCUGUGGGCUCAUACAGAAAGGAGGCAGGCUGUAUUGUGACACUGACAUAUUGGUGUAAUGCUCCUUGAUCAUGUACACAAAUUCACAGUUUCAAGGGAUCCCUAAAUUGUCAUGUUAGAUUUGUCAGACAUCAUACAUUCCACAUUAAUUAGGCUUUUAAAAAGGCUGGCUACUUUCAUUUGGAACUAAGUAUGGAUUGUCAUUGUAGUUUUACUCACUGUUCAGGUGCUGCUUGAUCUCAGUACAAUGAAAAUUGUAUGUGCAUUAAUGUGGUUCCAUGUAUUUUGCAAGAUUGACUAUCAUCUGUAUGUAAAACCUAAAGUAACCUUUUAUUGAUGUUAAUUGAAAAUGUCUUACCACACUGUAUCAACCCUGCUUGCAAAAUAUUCCUCUUAAAGCGGUUGUUUUCUCCAACAAAAAAAUCUGUGCCUGGCUUUCUCUUGCAGCAUCUGUGGCUGCAUCUGCUUGUUGUUUUUAAGAAAUAUCAAAGGGAAUGAGUUAAGACCAGACAACCUAAAUUGCUAGAUCUUGACAACCGUUUUUACCCUGGUGCACCUCUCUGCUGUUGAAGAUAGCUUGUGUUAAUGAUCACCUCAAAAAUCAGGUCUAAUUUGGAGAAGCCAAAUCCUUCACUUUAGGAAAAAAGCUCAGUGUCACAAUACCAUUUAUCACCACUACAUUCCACAUACUGUAGUUGAAGACACCAUUCCACAUUAUUGCUGACUGUCUGUUUACCCUGACAAUGCUCCAAUGAAUUGAAAUAAUCUUGUCGUGGGGGAAAAAAAAAAAAAAAAGUCAUGUCAGUUUAUUAUUAUGCUUGAUGAAAAUGCAGUUAGUGAAUGUGGAACGAAGCCUGUCUGUAUAUCAGGUAUUUACUUGCUUUGUUUUUACAAGUCUUAUGGCUAAAAAUUUGCUUCUGUAACAGUCUAUUACCCAGUGCACACACGUGGUUGUGAAAAUUUAGAUUAGCUCUAAAAAGCAAUGAAGAAAUGGAGAUAAACAAUGGUUGGUGUAAUUCUAGCUUUGUGUUUAUGUAUCUUAAAACCAUUCUAGUUUCACUAUACAUGUAAGAAAUAGAAAAAGUGUCAAAGAACAUUCAGUGAAAUAAAGUUUCGUUUAAGAUAA